CCCGGCGGUGUAACAUAUUCUUCCGACUUCCUUCGAAGCCCCCAUCACUGCUGGAGCGAAGCACGCGAUCCUCCCCGUUCAAAUCACACUGCCAUCUCGCUCCCCGGUCUUCUGCUUUCUCACGCCGGCCAUUUCCCAUCCCUACUCGGGCUUCCUCGUCGGCCCUCGGGGAUCUCGAUGGCGAGAUCCAAUAAGUCGGGGAGGUACGUUUUGGUCCUCUCUUGCGUCGCACUUCUAGGGGUCGCCCUCGUCGCUGAUUUCAUUUGGGCCUACUCCAAUUCCGCUUCUUCUUCCCUCGUUUGGUCCGGAAACCUCGAUCGAUCUCUCGAGAGACUUUCCGGUGCAGGCGAUCUGGUUGCCGAGUCGGUGGUUAAGAAGAAAAAGGACUUAAAAAUAUUAGAAUCAAAAGAAUUGAAUGCAACUUUUGCUGAUUUACCAGCAACAAUGUUAGAAUGGGAAGAGAUGGCAGAGGCACCUGUUCCACGUCUAGAUGGCGCUGCUAUUCAGAUUAAAAAUCUUUUGUUUGUCUUUGCUGGAUAUGGUACAAUCGACUAUGUUCAUUCUCAUGUAGAUAUCUAUAAUUUUACUGAUAACACAUGGGGAGGAAGAUUUGACAUGCCCAAAGAAAUGGCUCAUUCUCAUUUAGGAAUGGUAACAGAUGGCAGAUACAUCUAUAUAGUGACUGGACAAUAUGGUCCUCAAUGUAGAGGCCCUACUGCGAGGAAUUUUGUGCUGGAUACUGAGAAGAAAGAGUGGCAUGAUCUGCCACCCUUGCCAGUACCUAGGUAUGCUCCAGCUACCCAACUCUGGAGAGGCAGACUCCAUGUCAUGGGUGGAAGCAAGGAGGACCGCCAUGAACCUGGAUUAGAACACUGGAGUCUUGCUGUGAAGGACGGGAAGGCCUUGCAGAAAGAAUGGCAGAGUGAAAUCCCUAUGCCUCGUGGUGGACCCCACAGGGCCUGCAUUGUUGCCAAUGAUCAACUUAUUGUCAUUGGUGGUCAAGAGGGUGAUUUUAUGGCUAAACCUGGAUCACCAAUUUUCAAGUGUGUCCGAAGAAGUGAGGUUGUGUACAGUGAUGUCUACAUGCUCGAUAAUGAAAUGAAAUGGAAGGAACUUCCGCCCAUGCCCAAACCAGAUUCUCAUAUAGAGUUUGCAUGGGUUAACGUUAACAAUUCAAUUAUAAUUGUUGGAGGUACAACAGAAAAGCAUCCUAUAACCAAAAAGAUGGUGUUAGUUGGAGAAGUGUUUCGGUUCAAUUUGGAUAAAUUGGAAUGGUCGGUGUUGGGAAGGCUGCCUUUCCGCAUCAAGACCACCUUGGUUGGCUACUGGAAUGGCUGGCUUUAUUUCACAUCUGGCCAGCGAGACAAAGGACCAAAUGAUCCUGCUCCCAAGAAGGUCGUUGGGUGCAUGUGGAGAACUAAAUUGCAUCUAUAACUUCUCGUUGAUCUUAUGGUUAUUUUACAUCCAUCUUUUAAUUCUUGUCUCAAUUAUAUUGUUUUGUACUUGUAUUUGAUUAGAGUCGAGGUCUUUGUUUUCUGUUUCUUUUGGUUGGAGAAGCUAUUAAAAUGCAUGCCAUUCUACUGUGAUCAAUUUCGGCUGUAGCUAUGGUUUCACUAUUUAUUUUAUUGGGUAAUUAAUAUAUUUCUUGUACUCUUUUUUUCACCCUCUUCAA